AUGGCUGCGGAGUCCUGGUUCGCUGGGUCGCUGGCCCUGGGCCCUGGAGAAGCACCGCCUUCGGACGAUUUGGUACCCGGGCCGCCGCCCUAUGGAGACCCCUCGUGGUCGCCCGCCCGGAGACCCGAGGCCUCAGCGGAGCAGGAGCCCCAGCAGGCACAGCAGCUGAUGGAAACCCCAGCCUCCGCGACCUCCAGGGAGCCACUGGCAGCGGAGCUCGGACCUGCUCGCCUCCCACUGGACUCCAUGUUCAGCCCCAUCACUGACCAGCUCCGUUAUCUGCUCAGGAAGGCGGAUGACUUUCAAAGCUACUUGCUCUACAGCAGGGACCGAGUACAGAAGGAACAGCUAGCCAAGGCCAUGCCCACCUUCCUAAAGAUGUGCGAACCUUACUUCCUGUACCUUGAGGCUGCCGCAAGGAGUGUCCCUCCCAUCUACGGAGCCCUGCAGGAGCUGGUCCGGAAGAGGUUGCUGGAGAUCUCCCAGCAGCUCGCCCUGCGUUUGGAACAGUUAGUUCUGAUGUAUGCUUCCUUCGGAUUCGUGGACCUGGAGGAAACCAACCCUUUGAGCAUCUCCUGCUUCUUCUGCGGGAGAUUCUCUCUUAGCCCCUCCCACGAUGUGUCCAUCUUCCGGUACUGCACCCCAGCUGCGUACACUGCCAGUCACUUCCCGAGAUACCUCUAUAAGAAGAUGCGCUGGAACCUGGAAACCACCACAGAGGCCAGUAGCCAAGGACCAGACUCCCAUGUGGAUUACUACUUCUUAUGUUAUCGAGAUACAUGGGAGGAUGCAGGCCAGGGUCCAGCCAAUUCGUGCCCCCAAAUCCAGAAACUCUGGUCCAUCGGCCGCUGGAUGCCCCUAGGACCGGCAGAGGAUGACCUUGAUUCAUGGAUUUUGUGCCCGCAGCCACCCGGGGACUACCAGCAGUUACUAACCAUCGGCUUCGAGGAGCCUUCGCAUGUGCUGGCCACCGACCUGCUGGUACAGAUCCUCAUGGGCCAGGUAGGCCCCGCCCGGCCCCCCAGCGCUGCCGGGCCCUCGGCUUGGGCUGCCCCGGCAUCCUGAGCCCCAGGAGAAGACGCCAGCCGGGGCUUGAUAACCCCAAACUCCAGGCAGGAACAGGGGCGGGCUGCACUGAGUACGCCCCGGCAUGGGCCACCGAACACCAAGUGCGAACACACUUUUCUGUUAAUAAAAGAGCGAGG